CCAAAACUAACCAAAUCCCUUCAAUAUUAAUUUGUGUGCUUUCUUCUUUACUUUAUAUAUAUAUAGUGAUCAUUACUGGUUGUACUUUAUUUGUUGCAGAAGAAACUACAAAAAUGGCUGCAUUUUUUAAGCUUUUUUCAGUAGUUGCUGUCUUCUUCUUGGUUUGUCAAAAGGGUUACAGUUAUAAAUGUGGAGUAUCAAACAUAAAAGUAACAACAAAAAGAACAGGAACAACAGUAGAAGGUCAACCACAAUAUGCAGUAACAAUCAGUAACAAUUGCCCUUGCAAACAGUCAAGUGUUUAUUUAAGAUGCCUUGGUUUCAGUACUGUGCAGCCUGUUCAUCCAAGUCUUCUUAAGAUCAAGGGUGACAGUUGUCUCAUCAACAAUGGCCGUCCGAUCAUUAAAGGAAAACCAUUUACCUUUAAAUAUUCUUUCUUACAACCAACUGAUUUGGUUCCUCUCAGAUCUCUAAUCUCCUGCUGAUCAUCAUCAUUCAUCACUAAAAGUGUUUAAUGGUCUGAAAAUGGAUACGGGCUGGAAAUGGGCCGGACUCCUAAACCCUGUCCUGCCCCUGCUGCCUUUUCUUUCUGUUUUUUUAUACUUCAUGUAAUGCAAAACUAAAUUUUGUAAGUUGGAGUAUGGGAGAUGUUGUAACUUGUAGUUGCAUACUUGCAUCCCCUGCAUUCAAUUGAAAACUAGAUUUUUAUGAGGAAAGUGUUAUUUAUUUACUAAAUUAAUUUAUGUUACUUAUUUCCUUAAUUUCUAUUUAAUGCAUUAGUCUUAGCCCAGUUUGUGUUGUCAUUUGUAAGUAGUUUUUCUCAUGCGCUUUUAUUGUCACCCAUUUCUCUCGUUGCAAGGCUUUCUUUAUUUGGGGU